UUCCGAGCCGCCCAUCACUAGUAUUCAUCUAUGAAUGGCACUGACUUCAGAAACUCGUUUUGUUAGCAUAGAGCAUGUGGAACUGUGAUCAUAAAUUAAUCGUAAUUGUAAACCAGCAGAAAAAAUGCUUCAAGUAAUUGAUGAUUAUUGUGGAUAUAACUUAAUUUAAACCAUAACUGUGGCUUUUUCGUUUAGCGGACGCCAUACGCCAUAUUAAUUUAAACCUAAUCUGAGCUUUUCUUAGUUUUUAUCCUUUCAUAUAUCUUUCACUAUAUCACAUAUUUGAGCACUUGUGAUUUACGAUACUACGAUGGAACGGUUAUGGUAUUCUCCUCCCAGACGAAGUAUGAGCAUAUCUCCUGAACCUCACAGACGAAAUUCGAGGUCGAAAUCCAGGUCCCCAGGACACUACACCAAUAACAGAAAACAUAACGGCUAUAACAAUCAUAUUAAACGAGGUAAAUUAAAUAAAUACGAAAAAGUGGUUGAAGAUAGAUUGAGACAUGGGUCGGAUUACGACAGCGAUAGAGAACAUCGUCGAGAACCUUCAUAUGAAAAAAAAAAAAGCAGAUCAAGAAGCCCAUCCUAUGACUAUAGAGAUAGAGAUAGAGAACGGGACAGAAGGCAUCAUCGUACCCGCGAAAGAGAUAGGGAAAGAGACUAUCAUCGUUCCAGACGUAGAUCUUGGAGUAAUGAUAGUAGAUGGGAAAGGGAUGAAAGAAAGGCUCGUGACAGAGAGAGAUAUCGUGACGAUGAUAGGGAAAGUGAUAGUGAAAGAAGUCCUAACAGAGCUGUCAUUGGAGCUAGUGGUUCAGAAAUUAUCGGAUAUAAGAGCCAACCGCCAAACAAUACAAUUAUGAUACGAGGGUUGGCUCAACAUAUUACUGAAAAUGAUAUCAGGCAAGACAUUAUCCAAGGAGGGUUGAUGCCAAAGGAUAUCAGACUAAUCAGGAAAAAAGCUACAGGUACAUCACGUGGUUUUGCCUUUGUCGAGUUCGCAACACUGAAUGAGGCGGUUCGUUGGAUGGAGAUGAAACAGGGUGUCCUGAUGCUUCAGGACCACUACAGAGCCAUCAUGCAGUUCAGCAUACCUAAAGACACGAAUCUUAUUGAAAAACCCCCACCCCACAAAGCGUCAGCGGAUUGGUUUUGCAUUAAGUGCGGAGCGCAGAACUUUAGAAGAAGGGACAAUUGCUUCAAAUGUCAUGCAUCUAGAACUGAAUCCGAAGAAGGGGGCAGUGGUAGUGAUGAGACUUGUUCAUAUACCACAAAAACUCUUUUGCUGAGAAACUUGGAUGCCUUAACUACUGAAGAUUCCGUCAUGUCAGUUUUAAAUAUUCUGGUUCCAGAGUUAGUCAAAUCAAUAUCAGCAGUUUGUAUAGGCAGAGAUCCUUUAACUUCAACGUCCCGCGGAAUUUGCUACUUAGGUACUGAAAGCACUAUUGACGCUUUGGCGAUAUUCGGCGCUCUGAAUGGAUUGCAGAAUCCACUUACUAUCGAUGGAAAAACUGUUAUAUUGUCCUAUUGCAAGUACAACAUGGGGGACACGAAGAAAGCUUACUCCCAGGCUGACCACGCCGCCUUUCCAAAUGCUUCGAUACCCCAGAAUUAUGCAAUGACCGAUGUGGAUAGUUUAGCUGAAUAUGCCGCCAGGAGAUAUGCGAAAUCCGCGGAUGAAUAUAUGCAUUACAUCGAAUAUUACAGAGAAUAUUUUACACAACAAAUAAGCGCAGGAAAUUCAAUUACAUUGCACAAUGAAAAUCAAAUGGACUCUGCCAAUGCUGCUGCUGCCGUUGCCCAAUCCGCAAUCCAACAAAUGCACGCAACCAAAACAUACUACGACAACACUCACAUGCAAAUUCCUACCGGAACUGAUGGCAAACGAUACCCAAUUCCUGAUAGUUCGUCAUAUGUCUAUGAUAAAUCAACCGGGUACCAAUAUGAUUCGAGUACAGGAUUGUAUUAUGACCCCAACUCGACCUACUAUUGGAACAGUGUAAUUCAGAAAUACCUAUUUUGGGACAAUGACAAAUGCACAUAUUUGCUCGCCCCUUCCUACAACAGCUUUAAUUCCAGUAGUACGUCAACGAGCUCAGGCAGUUGCAAUUCCGACGAAAAAGGGAAAAACCCAUCUACAAUCAAUUCAAAGCCCUCUGUGGAAAAGCAGGAUAAAGUUAAAGUGGCUAAGAAAAUCGCCAAAGAUAUGGAACGAUGGGCAAAAACUUUAAAUCAAAAGAAGGAAAUUACAACCUGUAGAAGUAUAUCCGAAGGCAAUUUAUUGUUCAACAGUGCUAGCGCAGAUAUAGGGUUUUCAGUAUUAGAAAAAAAAGCAACGGUACUUGCGCCAUCUGCGCCAAUGUUUAAAAACGAUGAAGCAGAUAUUCCCGAAGCUCCUAAGCCUCCAUUAGUAGCUCCAUAUGGCGAGAGCGAAUCUUCUGGAGAAGAAGAUGAAGAAUCACUAUUAGAUUUCCGUAAAUUAAUCUGCAAUCUUUGCAAAAGACAACUUGGUUCGGCUGAAGCUCUUCAGAAACACGUUAAAAUGUCUGCGUUACAUAAACAAAACCUGGAAGCAAGGAGAAAGAAAAAAUCUGAGGACAAUCCAAGCAAAAUUGUAUACAGGGACAGGGCAAAGGAGAGAAGAAUGAAAUAUGGUGAUCCUGAUGAACCACAGCCAAGUAAAUUGAAAGAGAAGUAUCUGAAAGCAUUGAAUACUGACAUUCCAACUGCGUCGGCGUCUGUAAUGGAACCAAUUGGUGCUGAAAAUGUUGGAAACAAGUUGCUUCAAAAAAUGGGAUGGACAGAAGGCCAAGGUCUUGGAAAGUCUAACCAAGGAAGAACGACGAUUAUUCAAGCCGAGCAGUAUGGAAACUCCGUAGGUUUGGGCAACAAAUUGGCAGGAUACACAGCUGGCGAAUCAUAUAAAGACUGUGUUAAAAAAAUGAUGUAUGCGAGGUAUCAAGAACUUACUGAAAGGGAGACAUCCAAUUGAUUGCAACUUUGCAAAGAACUACUUCACAAUUAAGACAACACUUUCUUUUGAAAUUACUUCUUUAAACGUGACCUUUACAUUAAGAGAUUUCAAUUUGUAUUGUACCGACCUUUAUUUAAUUUAUUUUCAAAUAAUAAGUUUAACUUUCUUUAUAUAUCUAUUUAUUAGACAAUAUUCAAAACAAUAUAAUUUUCAAAUGAGGAAACUUUCGAAAAUUUUGACAAAGCUUAAAAGUAUUUGCUUAUUGUUUCGGGAAUUAAAUAUAACAAUAAUCCAAAAAGCCCUUACAUGUGCCUAAGGAUCUUAAUAGUGAAAGUGUACAUUGUGUUGAAAAAUGGCGGAUAAAACGGAAUAGGAACAUAAAAUUUUGAUAGCCAUUUAUUUAAGAUUUCAAUUGUCAAAAUGUAAAUCUAAAUAUAAAAAUAUAGUUAAAUUCACAAAACGUAA